AUGUCAAAUGAUAAUAAUAUUGAGAGACAUAAAAGAAUACUAAAUAUUGUUUCUCAUUUGGGUUUAAAUAAGAAAAAAAGUUCAAUUCCAGCAUUCGAAAAGAAAAGAUUAUCUUAAACAAGGAUUGUAUUUUAUAAACCAGAAUAAUAAUAAGAAGAAGAAGAAGAUUAAUUAAUUAUUAAAGCAAAAGAAUUAUUAUCUAAACCAGUUAAAAGAAAGUAAAUCAGAUCAGAAUCUUAAUUAGUCUAAAUGAUCUCAGAUAAAUAUAAUAUGCUUAAAGAUGAUGCUGAUGAAAACAGUGCUUAUAAUCAUAUAUAACUUAGUUUACUCAAAUUAUAGGAACAAGAAAUACUUGGACAAUAUCAUGAACUUAAACCAAAUUUAAGAAUGUCUAAAACUACUUAUCCUUUACCUAUUACAGUUACAUAACAAAAAGUUUAAAUAUAAAACAUGUUCGAAAAAAAAUGUAGUCAGCAUAUUAUACAAUCGCCUAAAGAUAAUACAAUUAGAUAAAAAAUUAAUGAUUUCUUAUACAAAACAAGAGAAUCCUUCAAAGAUUUCUAAGUUGACGUUUCGCAUUAUAAAAAUCUCAAAUAACAUCAUAGAUUAUAUAAAUAGAGAACUGCUAGCUAUUUCUAAUAAUGA